CGAACACUUCCUACCCCGGCCCUUGGUUGAUCUCAGCGAAUGUCGGGUGACAGUCUUGGCUGCUAGCCAUGUGGCUGUUGGAGAUGCAUUGGCUCAGGGUCCGGGCGUGCCAUUGCAGCGAUGGCGAUGCGGUCUUUGAUUCGAUUUCCUUGGCAGAGAGGCCGCCAAUUGGCCAGGCAAGCUGUUCAGUUCUCGACGUCAGGGGAUGCCAAGUCAGGUGAUCCAUCCACCCGGCAGUUGCGGAUCCAUGCCUUGCAAAAUGCAGUUCCCAUGAUUGGUUUCGGAAUUGUGGACUGUGUGGUUAUGACGCAAGUUGGUUCCACCAUGGACACCGUUCUGGGCGCCAGUUUGGGGAUUUCAUCCAUCACUGCCGCCGCCAUUGGCCUGUUCUGCAGUGACUCUUGCGGAGUCCUCUUUGGCGGCACCAUCGAGUCUUUCGCUGGGAAACUGGGGCUGCCUGCUGCCCAUUUGACUGUUGAGCAGCUUGAGACGCCAGCUGCCAAGAAGUUUGCAACCAUGGGCAGGCUGCUGGGUGUACAGCUUGGGGUGCUGCUUGGCAGCACCACCCUCUUGUUCCAAACCUCGAAUCCCAAAGUUCAAGAGCCAGUGCCAGCGGAACGACUCACGAAGAAGCCCGACAUAGGAGAGCUGACCAAGGCUUCGGACGUGGUGAUUUUCGCAGUUCCCGGAUGCCCAGUAUGCCAAGCAGCUCACGAUGCCUUGCUGUCCUCGGGCUUGUGUUUCUCAGCCGCGCCCUGGGAACAUCACAAGGCUGAGCUGCAGAAGGCGACAGGCUCCACAUCGUCACCAUCCGUGUGGGUGCGUGGGGAGUACGUCGGAAAUGCGCUCCAGCAACAAGUUAUUGAGUCAAUGAUCAGUUGAUUGAUCCAAAGGCUUGAUGACGAGAAGAGCUUGCAACUGCAUGUGUCUCACUGCCAACGUGUUGCGGUGGCAUGUAAGCAGUGAUGUACGUUGUUGCAUAGUCAUUUGAUUGGUUUGGCAGAAUAUGUCAAUACUCCAUGUUGAUAGAUUCCGUGUGUAGAUAGCGGCAGCUGCCUCUCACCGAUUGGGACUGAACAGCCAGCACGCAGCAAAUGCAA